GCAGGCUCCGCGGCGGCGGCUGCAACGGAGGCUGCGGGGGCGGCGGCGCGAGCGGCCGGGCUUGGGGGGGUAGCCGAGCCCGGCCCGGGAGCCCAAGCAGCUAAAGUGCGGGGUACCUAGGCCCUUCACGCUGGACUCCACAGUCUCCGGGCCGCCUGACCUCCGCACGGGUAUAUGGGAUGGAAGCGGGACCCUCGGGAGCAGCUGCAGGCACCUACCUGCCCCCCCUGCAGCAGGUGUUCCAGGCACCUCGCCGGCCUGGCAUUGGCACCGUGGGGAAACCAAUCAAGCUCCUGGCCAACUACUUUGAAGUGGACAUCCCUAAGAUUGACGUCUACCACUACGAGGUGGAUAUCAAGCCGGAUAAGUGUCCUCGCAGAGUCAACCGGGAAGUGGUGGAAUACAUGGUCCAGCAUUUCAAGCCUCAGAUCUUUGGUGAUCGCAAGCCCGUGUAUGAUGGAAAGAAGAACAUUUACACUGUCACAGCACUGCCCAUUGGCAAUGAACGGGUUGACUUCGAGGUGACAAUCCCUGGGGAAGGGAAGGAUCGAAUCUUCAAGGUCUCCAUCAAGUGGCUAGCCAUUGUGAGCUGGCGCAUGCUGCAUGAGGCCUUGGUUAGUGGCCAGAUCCCCGUUCCCCUGGAGUCUGUGCAAGCCCUGGAUGUGGCCAUGAGGCACCUGGCAUCCAUGAGGUACACCCCUGUGGGCCGCUCCUUCUUCUCACCGCCUGAGGGCUACUACCACCCGCUGGGGGGUGGGCGCGAGGUCUGGUUCGGCUUUCACCAGUCUGUGCGCCCUGCCAUGUGGAAGAUGAUGCUCAACAUUGAUGUCUCAGCCACUGCCUUCUACAAGGCGCAGCCAGUGAUUGAGUUCAUGUGUGAGGUGCUGGACAUCAGGAACAUAGAUGAGCAGCCCAAGCCCCUCACGGACUCUCAGCGUGUGCGCUUCACCAAGGAAAUCAAGGGCCUGAAGGUGGAAGUGACCCACUGUGGACAGAUGAAGAGGAAAUACCGCGUGUGUAAUGUUACCCGCCGCCCUGCCAGCCAUCAGACGUUUCCCUUGCAGCUGGAGAGUGGACAGACUGUGGAGUGCACAGUGGCACAGUAUUUCAAGCAGAAAUAUAACCUUCAGCUCAAGUAUCCCCACCUGCCCUGCCUGCAAGUUGGCCAGGAACAAAAGCAUACCUACCUGCCCCUAGAGGUCUGUAACAUUGUGGCUGGGCAGCGCUGCAUUAAGAAGCUGACUGACAACCAGACUUCAACCAUGAUAAAGGCUACAGCUAGAUCGGCCCCAGACAGACAAGAAGAGAUCAGCCGCCUGAUGAAGAAUGCCAGCUACAACCUAGAUCCCUACAUCCAGGAAUUUGGGAUCAAGGUGAAGGAUGACAUGACGGAGGUGACAGGGCGAGUGCUGCCGGCGCCCAUCUUGCAGUACGGCGGCCGGAACCGGGCCAUUGCCACACCCAAUCAGGGUGUCUGGGACAUGCGGGGGAAACAGUUCUACAAUGGGAUUGAGAUCAAAGUCUGGGCCAUUGCCUGCUUCGCACCCCAAAAACAGUGUCGAGAAGAAGUGCUCAAGAACUUCACAGACCAGCUGCGGAAGAUUUCCAAGGAUGCAGGGAUGCCCAUCCAGGGCCAGCCUUGCUUCUGCAAAUAUGCGCAGGGGGCAGACAGCGUGGAGCCCAUGUUCCGGCAUCUCAAGAACACCUACUCAGGGCUGCAGCUCAUUAUCGUCAUCCUGCCAGGGAAGACGCCAGUGUAUGCUGAAGUGAAACGUGUUGGAGAUACACUCUUGGGAAUGGCUACACAGUGUGUGCAAGUGAAGAAUGUGGUCAAGACCUCGCCUCAGACUCUGUCCAACCUUUGCCUGAAGAUCAAUGUCAAACUUGGUGGCAUUAACAACAUCCUAGUUCCACACCAACGCUCUGCUGUCUUUCAACAACCAGUGAUAUUCCUGGGAGCAGAUGUUACACACCCCCCAGCAGGGGAUGGGAAAAAACCUUCUAUCACAGCAGUGGUAGGCAGUAUGGAUGCCCACCCCAGCCGUUACUGUGCUACUGUGCGGGUGCAGCGACCACGGCAGGAGAUCAUUGAAGACUUAUCCUACAUGGUACGUGAGCUGCUUAUCCAGUUCUACAAGUCCACCCGCUUCAAGCCUACCCGCAUCAUCUUCUACCGAGAUGGGGUUCCUGAAGGCCAGCUCCCCCAGAUCCUCCACUAUGAGCUGCUGGCCAUUCGUGAUGCCUGCAUCAAACUGGAAAAGGACUACCAGCCCGGGAUCACUUAUAUUGUGGUGCAGAAACGCCAUCACACCCGCCUUUUUUGUGCUGACAAGAAUGAGCGAAUUGGGAAGAGUGGUAACAUCCCAGCUGGGACCACUGUGGACACCAACAUCACCCACCCAUUUGAGUUUGACUUCUAUCUGUGCAGCCACGCAGGCAUCCAGGGCACCAGCCGACCAUCCCAUUACUAUGUCCUUUGGGAUGACAACCGUUUCACAGCGGAUGAGCUCCAGAUCUUGACGUACCAGCUGUGCCACACUUAUGUACGAUGCACACGCUCCGUCUCAAUUCCAGCACCUGCCUACUAUGCCCGCUUGGUGGCUUUCCGGGCACGAUACCACCUAGUGGACAAGGAGCAUGACAGUGGAGAGGGGAGCCACAUAUCGGGGCAGAGCAAUGGGCGGGACCCCCAGGCCCUGGCCAAAGCCGUGCAGGUUCACCAGGAUACUCUGCGCACCAUGUACUUCGCUUGAAGGCAGAACGCUGUUACCUCACUGGAUAGAAGAAAGCUUUCCAAGCCCCAAGAGCUGUGCCGCCCAAAUCCAGAGGAAGCAGGGAGGAGGGAGGUGGGGCAGGGAGGAAUGCAGAAGGCCUUGUUUCCUCUACAGAGGGGGCGAAAGGGUGGGGAACAGGGCCAGUAAGCCAGACCACCAGCCAGAAAUCUCUGAUAUUCACCUCAUGCCCUCCACCCCUCACCCCAUCUUGUCACAUCUGGCCCUGACUCCACUGGACCAAGAGAGGCAGCCCUGGUGCCCACCAUACACACAGAUGUCGCAUGUGACUCACAGUGCUAAAGACUCAUGCCUGACAGCUUGGUAAGGUCAGCUCUGCAGCCCUGCAGACAAAAGCUGGGAGGUUUGGGUUUGAUACUUUAGAUGGGAAAGUGAGGGGCUUGAGAAAGUGGGUGGGAGGAGGGAGGAUUUUUUAGGAGCCUUAAUCAGAAAAGGUCUAGAUUUGUUUAAGAAGAAAAACGAAACCAGAUGCAGAUCAAUAUUUUAGGAUACUAGAUGUUUUAAUGGGUUGAGAAUCCAGCUUGUAGGAAGAUUUUUAAUGCUAAUGGUUUUGGUUGCCCCUCCCCCAGCUGCCACUCCUCUUUCCCUUAUUCCUCUUUCUCCACCUUUUCUACCCCACCUUACACCUUCUCCCUGACAGACAUCCAGCCCCUAGUAAGACUUAAGGCACUAUGGCACUUAGCUCUGAAGUGACACGACCCUGUCUUCCUUCCGCCUGCUGGUGGGUAACCAGUGCCUUCCCUGUAACGGUAAUGCUGCAGAACUGCAACCUUUUGUACCUAUUUUGGGGGGUGGGGUGGGGGCGGGGUGGGGGUGGGAGAGGAGGUAGGUGGGGAUGAAAUACCCCUAACCCAACAAGCCUCCAACCAGAGCGCCAGCUAUUUUGCAUUUGAAGGAGUUGACUUACAUAUUCAUUGAGCUUUUAAAAAGAUCGCCACCUCAAGAUAGUUAAAAUCCAUUGACAUUUGCACUUUCAGACAUGACAAGUCUCUCGGAGCUGCUGAGGUGACUGGCCUCUGGCCUUUCCACUUAUGUCUCCUUUCUUCCUGUCCCCGCUUCCUCCCCACCUGCCUGGGUCUGGAGUUACUUUCAUAGCAUUUCUCACUCUUGGCUUCUUUUUUUUCCCUGAUGGUCAAGUCCGUUUAUGUUUCAAUAUUUUUUAACUGGGGUGUCUUUUAACAAACGAUCCUUAGGUCUAAAAUAAGGAAAAAAAAAAAAGCAAAAACUAAAUGUUAUUUUUAUACCAUAACUUGAGUCUAUUGCCAAAAUCUGGAAAUCCCUCCCAUGCCCAAUGAGUUUACAUCCCAGAAACAUUGAGCCUGUCAGAAGGAACUAUGUACCUGACUUGUUCUUUGGCCUGGCUCUGUAGGGGGUGGUUAUCUCCCCAAGGUGGGGCUCAGUCUCCACCCUUCCUCUGUGCAGAUAAUAUCUUUCUCUUCCUGCAGGCACCCCUUCUGCACUGCCCUGCACUCUUUUCUGCAAGUGCAUCUUCCCUUCCUCUGGACUGUCCUCUGACACUUUGGCUUAUCCCAGAUUUCAGCGUGUCCUGUGGAUAGGCUGGGGAAUUUUGCUGCUCCCUUUUGCUUCUGUUUACACAAAUGAAUUUUUCCUGAUUUCCCACUAGGGCAUGUGAGUGGGUGGCAUGGGCUUUUUUUUUUUUUUUUUUUUCCCCCCCUCUCUUCCUGGGUAGAGAUGGGGUUUGGCUGUGUUGCAGAACUGGAAAAGUAGGGGGUUCUAGCUUGGGGCCUGUUGGCCUUGAAGCAAGGCUUCCUCAUUCCUUGACUGUUCAUUUUUUCCUGUCCCACUGCUUGGGAUGAGGAAUUGCAGCUUCAGUGUAGAAAUUCCUCUUUUUGAGGAGCCUGGGCUUGGGCUUGCCCCAAUCUGGUGAUGAAGCCAUGACACUUUAGACCUAGCUCAGGCUUGGAGGCCAGCCAGAGGAAGGGCCGGUCUGAAUAUGGGCGUAUGAAGUUAGAGCUAUACCAUUUCCCCUCCCCAGCAGCCUUUGUACAGACCCAGAUUUGCUAUGCAAAACAGUCUAUCCCAGUUUCUGUUCUGGUUGGCUACUUGGUUCAGCAACUUCACAAAACGUAGCACAAACAUUGAUUAUGGAGAAGGCAUCAGGACUGUUGAGUAACUCUUCCUUUACUUCUUUCCUGCUGGCUACAGUGUGGGGUGCCCCAUGGGCAUAGCCCAGCUGAAGAACAGAAUGGAGGGCUCUGGGAGGAGGCAGCUCACUGGAGAGCCUACAUUCCUUACACAAGUGCCUAAAGAGAGUGAUGCCAACACUCCAUCUGCCCUGUCCAUCGCCUUCAUAUACUGUCUAUUUCGUGUUCAGUCACCCUUUGGGGAGGGGAGUUCGCUUGGGACAGUGGGCUCUGAGUGUUCUCUUCUCGGGUGUGUUUUGGGGCUGGGAUCAGGGCAGUAUUCCUGGAGGGUCCAGUCAUUCACCAGCAUUUUGCAAAUGUCCAUUGAGAGCUGGUGGCAGCCACCUACUCUCAGCAACAAGUUUGUGUUCUCUCCUUUUUCUCUCUUUGCCUCACUCUCUCCAGUUGGGUUUUGAGCUGAGGCUUGAAAUGCAUUUUUUAGCCCUUUGGCAUUGUACAUGCCAUUUAAGAAAUAAAAGCAAAGAAACAGCUUGGCCAAUGGCAAGAAUAUGACAUCUUGCUGUGAUUUUCUUUAUUUCUUUUUAUCUUUGAAACUUGAAAAACACCCUUGACCUUGAGGAUUACUCUUGUUUGAAAGGUGGCGCAUGCAGAUUGAGAAGUGGUGUUGGCAACAAGCUUUGGCUUUCUUUGAUUUCGUUAAAGUGGUGCUUCUUACUUAGGCUCUGAAGAAGCUCUGGGGAGACCCCAGCCUCAUCCUCUUAGAGAAGUCUCCUGCUCCCUUUGUUCCACUCUUUUACCUUCCUUUUCCUCUUCUCUCUUUCCCUGGCCUCCUUUUAUUUUAUUUUCUGUUCACUCAGCUUGCUUGCUGGCCUGCCUGCCUAUCUGCCUUUGUGAUGAUGAAUUCUCUGCAUGGCUACAAUGAUCGCACUGUUCGCUGGCAAGGUCAGGCUCAGCUCCUCAGCUGCAGAAGACUAAGAAUCUGCUUCCCAAGCCCAGUGAUGUCCUCACUGGGCUGGACUGCCCUCAAACUUACCUGAGGGCAUAGCAGAAGGCCUGCCCAACAGGCAUGAAAUCAGGAGGGCUUCUGGCAACUUCCACACCUGUCCACUCUUUGGAGUUGGUUUCUCUCAUUGCUUUUUCUAGAUCUGGUUUCAUUUCUCUCUACCUGGGGCCUCCCUUUUCUGAGGAUGUCCUAGGGUUGACCUACUUUGUUAUCCAGCAUUGAAGGGUUAGGGGAUAGACAUGGGGGAAGAAGAGAGGGAUGGGAAGAGAAUGGAGAGAAUUUGGCUAAAAUCUGGGAAAGGAGAGCGCUGCUCAUUGAUCACUUUUCCAGUCCAGCCUAACUCAUUGGGGCUGAGGUGCUACUGCUGGCCUCUGGGGGUAAGCCUAAGGCUGUUGUUGCUGGGAACUUAGGCUUAGAUUAAUGCUGAAGAAGGUACCUAACAGUGUGAAACCUCCCUAAAAAGCCCCCACCUACUCAGUAGCUUCACUGCAGCCUCCUCUUUGGCUAAGCAAUGAUGUUCUUGGAUAGUUUUCUUUCUCUUGUCCAGAAUUCUGUAAAUGAGGCCAGCAAGAUGGGCAGCAGGGGGACACUGUGACUUCUUAGCUGGCCCAUAGGAUAUCUGCAAGGCUGGUGGGACAGUGUUGUAGACCUGGCAUCAUGUGUAACAAAGAAGGAUGAAAGUUCCUUCCCCUUCAGGGUAGAGAGACAUCUCUAACUAAAAUGCAGUUUUGGAAAUUACAUUGGGGAAAGUUAAUUUUAUUUAUAUUUGCUGGGCAUAGGCCAAUCCAGGAUGGUAGCUGGGAUGCCUUCCUUCUUAAAGUCUGAUCAUGGCAGGGUUAUGCAGGGCACUCUUUCCUCUUUGGCCUUCUGAGCAGACUAAGGAGAAGGGAUUCUCUGGUUUUCUCUUUUCGCCCACUUAUUAGGACUUGCCUUCUCCCUGGACAGGGAGAGAGGCUAGGUUGGUGCUCUCCCCUUACUCUACUCCUACUGACUUAGAACCUCUGGCUGCUGUUUGGGAGCCCAAGAAAGGUAGUGGAGGUUAUGGGCUCAAAAUAAAAGAAAACAAA